UUGUCUAUCGUGAAUCGAUACCUGGAGAUGCAAAUUGUGGAAAUUUCCGCAAAACAAAAAUAAAAAUAGACCUUGCUGCCAGCCAACUUGCAAGCUAUGCACAAAGGGGCGCCACCUUGGCAAGUCGGUCGUGCCAACGAGGCAACCGAAAUAGAGGAGCAGGUGUCCAGGAUUUCCGGAGCUGAGGUAGAAGCUGCAUCCAAACAACGACAACUGAUAAGAAGUGAAAGGUGGUUUUGGAAUCACAGCAUGGCCAUUCUGGGAUUGAUCUGCAUCGUAAUCACGAUUUCCCUGCCCACGAGCAAUGCCACCCACAUCAGCGGACAGUUCCAGACAGAGGACUUCUUCCAGUUCCUGGUGAAAUUCGGCUUCAAUAAGGCGGAUCCCACACGACGAAAUGGCUAUGGAUACAUAUAUGGAAAUGUCACGUCUCCAGAUAAAUAUGCGGUUCCAUUGACGCUCGUCGUCCUGGACCGAAACACUUUCCUCGAGUUCUACGGCAACCGCAGCCAGAGAAGUCGGGAAGCCGCCUGCACCGGGAUGUUCUCCCGCCUUCAAAGGAUCGCCUACGAUUCUAAGUGCAAUCCCCGUGCCAAAAGGGACUUCUUGCGACACGUUCCGUGUCCUGCUAAUCAGCUGUGCAGUGAUGAGGAUGCACCCGAGAACGUCGUUCCGGGAUCUCAGUUCACCUAUGUAAUCGAACUGGAAGCAGAGCCAAGAUUUUGGUACCUCUCCUUGGUGGCCUGCUAUCAAAACCAGACCACCUGCCAGUGGCACGCCCACGAGAGUCUGCCCAAGCUGAGUAAAUUGAGCAGCAAUCUUUUCAACACCCUGCACUACGAUAUCCACCUGGUCAACCUGCAUCCAAACAACUCGGCCGCACAUCCACUAACUUACCAGUACUCAUACGAUCAGCAGAACCUUCUGGAGAUGUACCUAGUAUUCCUGCUCGUCUAUAUCGUUCUGCUACCCAUGCAAAUUUAUGCCGUGCGGCGGCAGAAGCAUCCAGUGACCAAAUUGUUUACCCUGAGUCUGCUAAGCGAAUUUGUUAGUCUGGCUCUUAUCACCGCUCAUCUGAUUCACUACGCGGCCAAUGGAGUUGGCGAGCCAAGAUUGCAGGCGGCGGGCGAUGUGUUGGACAUUUUAAGCCGUACCACCUUUAUGUUGAUCCUGCUGCUCUUAGCCAAGGGAUGGGCAGUCACCAGGCAGCAAAUCAGCAGAAUGGGGUGGAUCAUCUUAAUGUCCAUCUGGGUGCCAUAUUGCGCAUUUCAUGUGUUCCUUUAUAUCUGGGAUAGGACGGAAGUCGAUGUGGUGUCCGACAUUGACGAAUACCAGACCUGGCCUGGCUGGAUAGUCCUAAUACUACGCACCUCCUUUAUGAUGUGGUUCCUUUACGAACUGCGCAACACAAUGAAGUAUGAGCACUCCACGAAGAAACUUGACUUUCUGCUUCAUCUAGGCGCCUCCAGCUUGGUGUGGUUUAUUUACCUGCCCAUCGUGGCCAUUGUGGCGCUGCAGGUCAGCCCCAUGUGGCGCUACAAGUUGCUGCAGGGCAUCACCAACUCAGCAGACUGCAUGGCCUAUUGCGUGAUGACGGGUCUACUGUGGCCACAUAGAGCUGGCCAAUAUCUGCUCUUAGCGGGCACCAAAUAUGCAGGCAUGGAUGAGUUGGACGAGUUCAAUGAAGCGCCACAUAUUGUCAGGGAACGUGAGAGACGUCGGAAUUCCCCGCCCGAUGAUAUUUCAAUUGGCACGGGGAGCGGUGGAGGUCGAGGGAUGGUGCUAUCAACAAGCAUUCCACAUUCACUUAACGGUGAUGCCUGUAACGAUCUUCUGGAGGCCGAAGAUCUUGACGCCGAGCUGCUCACCGAUCUUAACAAAAACAGCCACAUUGUGGCGUAGAUGAACGGGUUAAUUACUAACUGUAGAUGUCAAUUGUGCUAAAUGAAACACGGAAUGUUACUCAUCCUAACAUUUAACCAUACAUAUACCUAGAUUAAAGUGGGUUGAUUUUUUAAAAGUACUUUAAAAGUGAAAAA